GUUGAUUUUUGUCCUUUGUGUUGUGUGUGUGGUGGGGGGAGGGGGUGAUUUGAGACCUUAUAUUCACAAUGAUGAAAAGAUAAAAAAGGGAGAGAGUGAAUCAAGGGUAGAGGAAACCACCAGGUCCACUUUCAAAGAAAGUUAUUAAAUGAGGGCUUUCCAAUUUAAGAUUAAUGUAACUAGAUUAUGAUUACCGAACACAUUCUUUUGAAGAGCAUGAGUAGUGUACAAAGACAUUUAAAUUUUCUGUAGAUUUCUCUUUAUUGUGAAAAUUUAUCUAGUCUCUUUCAAAAAAAAAAAAAAAAGAACACGUGUAAUCACGCUUUUACACUCCUAAUGCUGAUCUUGAUCUUCUGGAGGUCGAUAUUUUACUUUAUGUAGGAAAGAGGUUGUUAGAAUUAGUGGGCUUAGCCCAUUGAAAGUUUUGCCCCAAAUAUUCUUUUCUUUUUUAUUUCUUUGUACUUUUCUAUUUAUUCCCUCUUGUAUCUAUUGUAUUUGUUAGAAUUAGUAUUUUUGGAAAGAAUAAAAUAUAAGAUUUUAUUUCCUAAAUAUUUCCUAAAUCUUUUCCUUUCUUAUUCCUAUUGUACUCUAUUUAUUCUCCCUUUGUACCUAUUGUUUUUGUUCAUAAGAAAAAUAAUAAAAACUAAAGUAUCGUGGUUUUUCUCCCGGUUCUCGGGUUUCCACGUAAAUCUCGGGUUGUUGUUAAUUGCUUUCAAUAUGGUAUCAGAGCAAAGCAAUAACGAAACCCUAGAAAAUAACCUAGGAGAAACCCAGAUCGAAACUGAACCCGUCGUCGCCGCCGCCAUGGAGAAACUGCUCCAGAACCUACAGAAACCGCCGAUCUACCCAACGGGAGUGGUUCCGCAGCCGUACGCGCCGCCGUCUGACCAGAAGACGAUUCACGCGCCGCCGCCGUUUUACGUCACCGCCCAUCCCGUUCCCUUCUACGCGCCGUCGGAUGUCCAACCGUCAAACCCUUCCGGCCAUCCGCAUCCUCACGCGCCGUCUACGAGCUCCGGACAGCAACCCUCAACCGUAAAUCUGUCAAAUCAGUACAGUAAGCAGCAGCUGUACGUUCACUCUUUACAACAACCGCUGUUUUCUGAUAACGGAAUUGAUCAACCCCAAAACAGAUUGGACAUUGAAGCGGGCGAAUCUUCAACGCAUUCCAAACCAACCGAGUUGCCGAUGUAUUCCAAGAACCCGGUAACUUCGUUCCCUAAUUCACAGUCAAAUUAUAUAACUGGCUCUUUGGGUUCGUCUACAGGGAAUUUUUCAGGCGAAAAAUUAAAUGGUCAAAAUUAUUUUUCUUGGUCCCAAUCAAUAAAGAUGUUCCUCGAAGGUCGAUACCAGUUCGGAUUCUUAACUGGAGAGACUGUACGUCCUCCACCAGGAGACGCCUUGGAACGACUCUGGAAAGGAGAGGACUCACUUAUUCGGUCCAUGCUGAUUAAUAGUAUGGAACCACAGAUCGGCAAGCCUUUACUAUAUGCAGCCACAGCAAAAGAUUUGUGGGAUACAACUCAGACCCUUUACUCGAAACGACAGAAUGCCUCUCGGUUAUAUACACUGCGAAAACAGGUCCAUAAUUGCAAACAAGGGACCCUGGACGUAACUACCUAUUUUAACAAGCUCUUUCUCCUCUGGCAAGAGAUGGAUUUGUGCAGAGAGACAGUUUGGGACACACCAAAUGACAGUACACAAUAUGCUAAACUUGAAGAGGCUGACCGUGUUUAUGACUUCCUUGCAGGACUUAAUCCCAAAUUUGAUAAUGUUUGUGGUCGUAUACUUGGACAAAGACCUCUUCCCUCCCUAAUGGAAGUUUGUUUUGAAGUCCGCCUGGAAGAGGAUCGCACUAAUGCCAUGGGUGUAUUGACUACCCCUACCAUUGAUUCCGCUGCCUUUAGCGCUCGGUCCUUAAAUCAUGACAGUGACAAGAAUAAUGGGAAGUCAAUUCCUGUGUGUGAGCACUGCAAGAAACAAUGGCACACCAAGGAUCAGUGUUGGAAACUCCACGGUCGUCCCCCAGGAGGUAAGAAACGGUCCUCCAACGAGAAACAGAACUCAGGACGUGUCUACAUUAGUGAGACUACACCUGCUAGCACUUCUCAAUCAACGGAUCCUACUGCGAGCCAGACCAAGACUCCGACUCUGGUGCCAUUGCUCAGUCAGGACAUGAGCUCGGGGAGGACGAUUGGCACUGCCCGGCAUAGCAGGGGACUUUACAUCCUUGAUGAUGAUACCUCAUGUAGUAGUUUGUCUAGGGUUAGUUUACUGUCAUCCUACUUUAGCACUUCUGAACAAGACUGUAUGUUGUGGCAUUUUCGACUGGGCCACCCAAACUUUACAUAUAUGCAAUAUUUAUUUCCCCACCUUUUUUCUAAACUUGAUGUCUCUUCUCUAUCUUGUGAUGUGUGUAUCCGGACUAAACAACAUCGAGUCUCUUUUCCCUCGCAACCAUAUAAACCUACACAACCGUUUAACCUCAUCCAUAGUGACGUUUGGGGUCCUUCCAAGGUCACCACCUCCUCGGGAAAGCGGUGGUUUGCAACUUUCAUUGAUGACCAUACCCGUCUUACCUGCGUCUACCUUAUCACAGAUAAAUCCGAGGUUACAUCCAUUUUCCAAAACUUCUAUCAUACUAUCAAAACACAAUUUCAUACAAAAAUUGCAAUUCUUCGAAGUGAUAAUGGUCGGGAAUUCCAAAACCAUAACCUUAGUGAAUUUCUAGCCUCCAAGGGGAUUGUUCACCAAACCUCAUGUGCCUACACUCCUCAACAAAAUGGAGUGGCCGAACGAAAAAACGACACCUUGUGGAAGUAG